CCCUGCGCCGGGUGUUUAGUUUUUUUUUUGUGUACCGUCGUCGGGACGGUUGCGGACACCACCGAGGCGACCAGCAGGAUCGUCCCGUGCUCGUGACUCAUCGGCUGUGGCAUUAGCAGCAAAACUCUGUGUUUAGGAUAGCGCACAAGGACUCCGGGACAAGCGUUUUGUGGAAAGCGGGAUUCGAGUGCAUUUUGUGAAGUGGAAUUCGGGACUCUCUGUAUACAAUUCGGUUACUCGGUGACUGCCUUUGCGGCUUCUAACCGCCAAAAUGAAACCGUUGCUGCUGCUAAGCUGCUUGCUAGCGGCGUACAGCAGCAAUGCCGAAAUCACGACCGUACUAGGACCUAAUGGAUACGACUACACCCCACCCAAAGUGCCGUUCCCACCACCACCUGUACCAAGCUGUCCGGCUGGUGGAAUUCCUCCGGAUUGUUGUACUAACGGAGGAUCAGGACUGAACUGCUACGUUCCUCCUCCACCGACGCCUCCUCCGACUCGGCCACCGCCACCGGCAUGUCCUGCUGGAGGUGUUCCACCUUACUGUUGUACCAACGGAGGAUCAGGACCGAAUUGCUACGUUCCUCCUCCACCGACGCCUCCUCCGACUCGGCCACCGCCACCGGCAUGUCCUGCUGGAGGUGUUCCCCCUUACUGUUGUACUAACGGAGGAUCAGGACCGAACUGCUACGUUCCUCCUCCACCGACGCCUCCUCCGACUCGGCCACCGCCACCGGCAUGUCCUGCUGGAGGUGUUCCCCCUUACUGUUGUACUAACGGAGGAUCAGGACCGAACUGCUACGUUCCUCCUCCACCGACGCCUCCUCCGACUCGGCCACCGCCACCACCGCCGACUCGUCCACCAAGUUGUCCUGCUGGAGGUGUCCCACCAUACUGCUGUACCAACGGAGGAUCAGGACCGAACUGCUACGUUCCUCCUCCACCGACGCCUCCUCCGACGCGGCCACCGCCACCACCGCCGACUCGUCCGCCAAGUUGUCCUGCUGGAGGUGUCCCACCAUACUGCUGUACCAACGGAGGAUCAGGACCGAACUGCUACGUUCCUCCUCCACCGACGCCUCCUCCGACGCGGCCACCGCCACCACCGCCGACUCGUCCGCCAAGUUGUCCUGCUGGAGGUGUCCCACCAUACUGCUGUACCAACGGAGGAUCAGGACCGAACUGCUACGUUCCUCCUCCACCGACGCCUCCUCCGACGCGGCCACCGCCACCACCGCCGACUCGUCCACCAAGUUGUCCUGCUGGAGGUGUCCCACCUUAUUGCUGUACUAACGGAGGAUCAGGACCGAACUGCUACGUUCCUCCUCCACCGACGCCUCCUCCGACGCGGCCACCGGCAUGUCCGGCUGGAGGAGUUCCCCCAUACUGCUGCACGAAUGGUGGCCAGGGACCAAACUGUGCCCUUCCGACCAAACCUCCUAAAGGCGAAGAAUACCUGCCACCCUGUCCGAAUGGCGGUCAAGGACCCAACUGCGUCGUGCCUACGCGACCGCCAGUGACUCCAGCACCACGACCUCCGUUUGGAUGUCCUAAUGGAGGAGUUCCUCCAAACUGCUGUACUAACGGAGGAUCAGGACCGAACUGCUACGUUCCUCCUCCACCGACGCCUCCUCCGACGCGGCCACCGCCACCACCGCCGACUCGUCCACCAAGUUGUCCUGCUGGAGGUGUCCCACCUUACUGCUGUACUAACGGAGGAUCAGGACCGAACUGCUACGUUCCUCCUCCACCGACGCCUCCUCCGACUCGGCCACCGCCGACUCGUCCACCAAGUUGUCCUGCUGGAGGUGUCCCACCUUACUGCUGUACUAAUGGAGGAUCAGGACCGAACUGCUACGUUCCUCCUCCACCGACGCCUCCUCCGACUCGGCCACCGCCACCACCGCCGACUCGUCCAGCAAGUUGUCCUGCUGGAGGUGUCCCACCUUACUGCUGUACUAACGGAGGAUCAGGACCGAACUGCUACGUUCCUCCUCCACCGACGCCUCCUCCGACGCGGCCACCGCCGACUCGUCCACCAAGUUGUCCUGCUGGAGGCGUCCCACCUUACUGCUGUACUAACGGAGGAUCAGGACCGAACUGCUACGUUCCUCCUCCACCGACGCCUCCUCCGACUCGGCCACCGCCACCACCGCCGACUCGUCCACCAAGUUGUCCUGCUGGAGGUGUCCCACCUUACUGCUGUACUAACGGAGGAUCAGGACCGAACUGCUACGUUCCUCCUCCACCGACGCCUCCUCCGACGCGGCCACCGCCACCACCGCCGACUCGUCCACCAAGUUGUCCUGCUGGAGGUGUCCCACCUUAUUGCUGUACUAACGGAGGAUCAGGACCGAACUGCUACGUUCCUCCUCCACCGACGCCUCCUCCGACGCGGCCACCGGCAUGUCCGGCUGGAGGAGUUCCCCCAUACUGCUGCACGAAUGGUGGCCAGGGACCAAACUGUGCCCUUCCGACCAAACCUCCUAAAGGCGAAGAA